AUAUUUACUGUUUCCUCAAAGGCAGAAUAUUUGUUCCAGGACUUCAGCAGCCAUCUUUAACUCAACCUCUGGGCGGAGGGAUUGCAAACUUGUUUUGUAAGAUACAGUACAAGCGUGCGUGAACGCAAUUGACAUGAAGAGAGAAAAUGAGUGAGGAUGUAUUUGAGGUCCCCGAGGGGACGGAGUAUCGCUAUCUGGUGCAGGACGAAGAAGAAGAAGAGAUCCAGUACGUCAGACGGCACUAUGUCAGUCCAUUCCUGGUUGUGUCCCGCAGGUGUAUGUUUCUCAUCGGUUGCGGAGUGCUUGCUCUCCUCACUCUGGCAGGAUACCUCGCUUACAUGGCAGAAACUCUGCCCCCAGGGCUGGUAGAGGUGAUGACGGAGUGCGGUUGGCUGCGUGGGCAGUGGAGAGGUGGGGCAUACUCUUUCAAGGGCAUCCCAUAUGCUGUACCACCUAUGGGUGUAUAUCGUUGGUGCCCCCCGACAGAUUUGCUAGAGGCUGGUAAGUGUUGGCAUGGGGUCUACGAUGCUACUCGAUUCCGAAGCAUUUGUGCGCAAGUGCAGCCGCUCAGAGAAGAUGGACGGGUGAUGGGGCAAGAGGACUGCCUGCAUCUAAGUGUUUGGACGCCAAGCCUUCGGCCCGCCAAACCCAUGCCCGUCAUGGUGUGGCUCCAUGGAGGGUACCUCCAUAUGCUAAGUGGCCAGGAGAAAGGCUACUCCCCAACUGAGGAGCUGGCAGCACGUACACAGACGGUAUACGUCAGUCUGAAUUACAGGCUCAAUGCUUUUGGCUUCAUGGCCCUGGAGGUACUGAGAGAAGGCUCUCCUACCAACUCUUCAGGGAAUUAUGGCUUCAUGGACCAGAUCCAAGCACUUCAGUGGGUCAAGCGAAAUAUCCAUAACUUUGGUGGUGAUGCAGGAAGGGUUACCAUAUUUGGUCAAAGCUCAGGAGGUACAUCGGUUUGGACCUUGAUGAUGUCUCCAAUGGCUAAGGGCCUGUUUCAUCGCGCUAUUGAUAUGAGCGGCUCGUAUGUGUAUAAUGCUUCCCUGGAGUCAGCAGAAAAAGAUAACUUAGAAUUCCUGAGGAAAACUGGCUGCAAGGAUGCCGUCUGCCUGAGAGGACUAAACAUCACUCAAGUCCUUCAGGCAAUUCCAUGGCAGCAGUAUCCAUCUUGGGCAGCCAAUGGUCUAACUGAUCUUCCAGUUAAAGGUAGUUUUUUCGGCCCUGUUGCAGUAGUGGAUGGCCAUGUUCUCCAUGACCCUCCGUUUGAGACGUGGGAGAAGGGAGGAAUCUACAAUGAUGUACCUUUUGUGGUUGGGACAACAGAACAGGAAACUGACUUCAGUCCUCCAUAUGAGAACAUCUCAACAUGGACUUGGGGGGACUAUCGGUGGUUUGUGACAAAGAAACUGACCCCUUUUGGAGAGGCUCUGACCAACCAGGCUCUUAGGCUGUACAACAGCUCCGCGCCAUGCCCGACCUCUGACCGAUGUCCAGAGAGACUCUACACCACAAUGACCUCUGACAUGAGGGUCACCUGCCCCAAUAAUGACCUGGCUAAAAGAGCUGCAGGAGCUUUGAAGAGCCCAGUGUACCGUUACCUGGUGACUUACACUCCAUCAAGACAAGCAAACGUCACCAGCUGGCUUCCAUUCCCCAGUCGCUUUGCCUUUCAUCUUCUGGACUGCUUGGCCUUCUUUGGGGGUCUUGAAAUGGUGCUGGGGACCCUGUCACCAGAUGAUGUGAACUUCCAGGAAGUGCUCAGAAAGAAUUUUCUUCAUUUUGCCAAAGAGGGUAAGAUGCCAGAUGAGUGGCCAGAGUUUCCCUCACACACUGCCUUGCUGGGGAAAAACAUUUCCACUGAAACAAGAUACUCUGCGCAGAGGUGUGACCUGUGGGAGGAGAAUGGCUUCUAUUCAUACGCCUGGAUCAACUGAGCCACAUAAUCCAGACAUCAGACAUAUUGAUCCAUCCGCUACAGUUUUAUCCGACAUGAUAAAAGCUUUGUUCCGAAAUGAACAAAGCUUUACUGUGUAAUAAUGCUACAGUAUUGAUACAUUUUAUAGGAGUUUGAGUCUGUGUGUGGAGUGUAUUUUGCAUUCAGAUGUUUCCAUGUGAAUUCCAAAGAAAAAUCACAAAUGAGAUUUCUUUCAUAUUUCAAUUGUUUCUCCUACAUAGCAAUAAGAUUAAAGGGAAAGCACAUUGUGAAUUCUGCUUCUCAGAUUUCUCUUCAUGUGUCUCCUCUAGAGUUUCAGAAUAGAUCUCAACAAUGUCUCAAACUGUGCUCAGAUUUGUCAAGAUACCCAAGUCUGCCAUCAAAAUUUCAAUAUGAACAAACAUUUCUCAUCAGAUUCUUUCCAGACCAAAUGAUCUCAGCAAUGCUAUCCACAUUAAGUGUAUAGCUCUGUACUCUUACUCUCAACAAUUGUCUCAUUUGUGUCUAUUUUUAUUUCUCCUUAAGUAUUUAAAGGGAUAUUUCAUCCAAAAAUGAAAAUUCUCUCAUCGUUUAUUCACCCUCAUGCCAUCCCAGAUGUGUGUGACUUUCUUUCUUCUGCAGAACACAAACAAACAUUUUUAGAAUCGUUUUUAAGCUCUGUAGGUUCACACAAUGCAAGUGAAUGCUGGACAGAACUUUGAAGCUCAAAAAGGCAGCACAAAAGUAAUCAAAACUCCAGGGGUUUAAUCCAUGUCUUCUGAAGUGAGAUGACAAGUGUGGGUGAGAAACAUCAAUAUUUAAGAUCUUUUUUACUAUAAAUUCUCCUCCCUGCCCAGUAGGUGGUGAUAUCCAUCAAGAAUGCAAAUUGCCAAAAACAAAAGAGCAAGAACUCUUAAGAGAGAAGGGCACUUGGGAAGGCUGUCUGAAAGUGGGGAUUUAUAGUAAAUAAUGGACUUAAAUAUUGAUCUGUUUCUCACCCACACUUGUCAUCUCACUUCAGAAAAUAUAGAUUUAACCACUGCAGUUGUAUGUAUUAGUUUUGUACCUACAGAGAGGAAAUAUUCUUCUGUAAAUCUUUGUUUGUGUUCUGUAGAAGAAAGAAAGUCAUACACAUCUGGGAUGGCAUGAGGGUGAGUAAAUGAUGAGAGAAUUUUCAUUUUUUUGGUGAACUGUCCCUUUAAGGAGACAAAGUUGAUACUUGAGUAAAAUAUAAAUGACAUUUCAGUUUAUUUUCCUGAGCUAUAAAUGAGCACUCCAGGUAGGGAAUGAGGUUUUGCCUCAAGUGAAGGAGUUCAAGUACCUCGGGGUCUUGUUCACGAGUGAGGGGACAAUGGAGCGGGAGGUUGGCCGGAGUGUCGGGGCAGCGGGGGCGGUAUUGCACUCGCUCUAUCGCACUGUUGUCACAAAAAGAGAGCUGAGCCGAAAGGCAAAGCUCUCGAUCUACCGGUCAAUUUUUGUUCCUACCCUCACCUAUGGUCAUGAAGGUUGGGUCAUGACCAAAAGAACUAGGUCGCGAGUACAAGCGGCCGAAAUGGGCUUCCUCAGAAGGGUGGCGGGCUUCUCCCUUAGAGAUAGGGUGAGGAGCUCAGUCAUCCGUGAGGAGCUCGGAGUAGAGCCGCUGCUCCUUUGCGUUGAAAGGAGUCAGUUGAGGUGGUUUGGGCAUCUGGUAAGGAUGCCCCCUGGCCGCCUCCCUAGGGAGGUGUUUCAGGCACGUCCAGCUGGGAGGAGGCCUCGGGGAAGACCCAGGACUAGGUGGAGAGAUUACAUCUCCACACUGGCCUGGGAACGCCUCGGGGUCGCCCAGUCAGAGCUGGUUAAUGUGGCUCGGGAUAGGGAAGUUUGGGGCCCCCUGCUGGAGCAGCUGCCCCCGCGACCCGACUUCGGUUAAGCGGUUGAAGAUGGAUGGAUGGAUGGAUGGAUGGAUGGAUAAAUGAGCAACCAUUGAGCAGCAACAACGUUCUUCUGUUUAAUUUAACUACAAGCUUAGAAAGGGGUUUGAAUUAACUGAGUGAGUUUGAAUGUGUUUUACUUAAGAUCCAUAAAUCCUUAUUAUUCAGGUCAUUCCUUGCUGUUUGUUUCACUAAUUGACUUCUUUAUUAGCAGAAUAUAGCCACUCUGUAUCCAAAUCUGUUAUUCUUUUAUUGUGUGACUAAAUAAAUCCAAAGCUUUGACAUGGAUGAGAACGCAGGGAUGCGGUCAGGGCCCACAAAGGGAUAUUGCGGCUCUCUGAUCACCCUCUUUCAAUUUAACUACUAUGCAAAUAACACUGAAGGAGAACUUGCAGUUACAUUGAUCUUUUGUUUGUAUGUAGAUCUUCUCUAUUGAUGUAAUAACAGAAGGUGGCCUGCUUUUAUGUAUGUUUAGGGAUCUGUGAUCAAAGGGACUUUUACCACUCCUAAACGGAAGACUUUGGAAUCAGGAAUUAUCACAUGCCGUGCUUUAAAGGGAAAGUUCACACAAAAAUGAAAAUGUUGUUACUGUGUUACAUUCUCACCCUAAUGAACUGUGACUUUUUUUCAUGGAACACAAACGGAGAUGUUAUGCAGGCUGUUAACCUCAGUCACCAUUCACUUUCAUCGCACCUUUUUUUUUCCCACCUUUUGACAUUUUAACGUAUAGAAUUACACAUAUCUAUAAUUAAAUUUGAAUUAAAAUUACUAGUGAAAAUGCUCAUUAUUGAUAUUAGUAAUUACAUUUGUGCUUAAUUGCUCUUGUUAACUCUUGACAUAAAGUCUAACCACAGCAAUACCCAUUCUUGAUAUCAAAAAUAUAUUUUUAACCAGUAAAAAUAUCAUGUAAAUGUAAAACAAUUUAAAUGAAUGGGCUUAUGUAAACAAGCUAAAUGUUUUUUAUGGUCCGUUGGGGCCGCAGCAGCCUUGAACAUCAGGCUCAGGUUUUCUGCUGCAUGGCUGAAUGGAGAGGUCAAAGGUCAUGCUGCUCCUGUGCAACAGGAUCAAAUGUAUCUGUUGAAUUGGAGCACAUGAAAGCACUGACCCACAUGCAGACUCUUUUCUGAGGUCUUUUUCUGAUUUCAUUUUAUUAAUGUUAAAGGGUCAAUUUCUACACAACUUUGCACUUUGAAUGAAUUGCGAUUCCAGAACCACUUUUGUUGUUUGUUUAGUACUUUA